AUGAUCCGCGAUGCAGCAAAUGAAGUGCUGCAUUCGCGUGUUCCAGAAGGUUUCCAAUGGAUCGAGGCCUAUGGACAGUACUAUUCACCGAGUUGUGGCUUUUUCUACGAUCCAAAUACCAAUCUCUUCUAUCACAGUGAUUCGGAGACAUUUUACGUAUUCAACGAUGAUAAUCAACAAUACGAGGUUUAUAAACGGAUGCGAAAAACACACUGGAAUUCUCGAGCAAACAAGAAAAAAGCACGUCAGAUGUUCUAUGGUGUGCUUGACCGUUUUGAUCAGGACGCUGUGGAUCAUAGACUUUUUUGUUUCAUAAAGAAGCCUAUGGUUCGAAUGGAUGACGAAUACGAUGGUGAUGUAUUUCCGGUGGAAUACUUCGACGACACAACUGGCCAGAUUACAUGUACAAAUGAAGCGAAGAAAAGUGGAGAAGUCAGAGAAUUACGACGACGAAAAGUUCUUGAAGCAAUGAGAAAUGGAACUAAUAAUCUAUCUAUGUGUGAAGAAGUGUGUUCUGAUGAGAGCAGUGAGGAAGAAGAUGAACGGAUUCAAAUGAAGGAAGAGGAAGGCUUUUUACAACCUCCUUUGUUACGGAUCAUCGACUCCAAGAAUAAUCUCCAUAUAAUCACUAUGAGUGGAGGAAGUGUUGGAAGACAGAGUGGCAGUGAUAUCAUCAUUGAAGAUCCGUCCAUAUCACGGAAACUACUCGAAUUUGUUUUCGUUCCUGAGAGUAACUCUUUUGUGGUAGUGAAGCUUACUGAUAAUGGACAUGUUGCUUUAAACGAUUACGAACUUACGGCAAACGACGGACAGGAAAUCGCGCAUGGCGACAUUCUGCGAUUUGGUCUGGAAUGUUUGCGGAUACACGCGGAUAUGAGCACGGGUUCCCCACAGCUCAUCGUUUCUUUUGGUGAGACUGCCCGUCGUCGCAAUUUGAAGGCAAUCAAGGCAAUGUAUGGGAUAAAUGAAUAUGUAGAAAAUCCUCGUAUACCUUUCCACGGAAAUGAUCGUGCAGCAAAGAGGCGACGUCUUGUUGGUUCAGAAAUGGACAUAAGAGAUAAAAACGUGGAUCCUGGUGAUAUCUAUUCUAGCUGUCUCGCUAAGCCACUGCCAGGCGCUGUGGUAGUUCCGAAAGUUGAUGUAGAACAGCCACUUGAUGAGGCAAACAAAGGUUUCCGCCUUCUUCAAAAUAUGGGAUGGAAGGAAGGUAAAGGCCUCGGGAAGGGUGAACAAGGUCGCCAGGAACCGGUGGUGAAUCUUUUGAAAGGUGGACAUACAAAAUGUACAUGUCAGGUCAAGUCAACCGUUUGUAAUCAGCGUCUCGGAUUAGGAGCCGCACAUCCAAAACCAGUACCAAAAACCAGAAAAGAUGCGAUUUUAGACAAGACACGGGAACGCUACAGCAAGGUAACAUCCAACUAUUGUCCUCAUCAUUGUCUUUAA